CGCUGAUGAUCAGUGUACCCUGAUGAUCUGUGCAGCCCCAGCAGUGCCAUCUGUCAGUGUCCAUCAGUCCCAGCUGUCAGUGCUCAUCAGUGCCACGUGCCGGUGCCCAUCAGUGCCACAUAUAAGUGCCCAUCUGAGCUGCCUUUCAGUGCCGCCUAUCAGUGCCAAUCAGUGCCGCCUAUCAGUGCUAGUCAGUGCCGCCUAUCAGUGCCAGUCAGUGCCGCCUAACAGUACUGCCUUUCAGUGCCCAUCAGUGAUGCCUGCCAAUGCCCAUCAGUGCCACCUACCAGUGCCUCAUCAGUGUAGCCUAUCAGUGCCCAUCACUGCAGCCUCCGUAGUGCACAUCAGUGAAGGAGAAAAAUCACUUAUUUACAAAAUUUUAUAA